CAGGCAGUUGGACCGAGUAUACAACCAAAAGUUCGGGGAGCAAGACUUAUUUCAGGCACGACCACUUCGGCAUCGCCGAGCUUCGCUUCUCGCCUUCUUCCUCUUCCCACCUUAGAGGUUUGCUCCCUUGCUGCUGCACAACCUCUUCCGCAAGGACGAGGGAUUUGGGAGGAGGACCUUUGGGAAUUAAGAUCGGAGAAGGCAUUCUUCUGGUAGUUCUGGCUCGGGCACGGUGGAGCUGAUGGUGAUGAUGAGGGGGAGGCAGCAGCUCCUCUUGCUGCUCUUCGUCUUGUGCGCAACCGGAUUAAGAAUUGCCUCCGCCGACACUAACCCGCAAGAUGCGGCUGCUCUCAGAUCCUUGAUGAAGAAGUGGAAAAAUGUGCCUGCUAGCUGGGGGAAAUACAAUGAUCCUUGUGGCGCAAAAUGGGACGGUAUUUUGUGCGACGGAAAUGGAAGGGUCACAUCACUGAAUCUGUUUGGUAUGAGCAUGAGUGGCACUCUGAGUGAUGAUAUAGGAAGCCUGACUGAACUAAGGAUUCUGGAUCUAUCCUCAAACAGUCUUGAUGGGCCAUUGCCAGCUGUUAUUGGCAAGUUGGUUAAGCUUGAAUAUCUGGCAUUGAUAGGUUGCGGUUUCACCGGUCCUGUUCCAAGCGAACUAGGCAACCUGUCUCAACUAAAAUUCUUUGCUCUGAACUCAAACAAAUUAACGGGCAGCAUUCCACCCUCAUUAGGCAAGCUCUCGAAUGUCAUCUGGCUGGACCUUGCCGAUAACAUGUUGACAGGAUCACUCCCAAAUUCCAAGGACAAUGGAACUGGAUUGGACCAGCUUGUCAAGGCAGAGCACUUCCAUUUCAAUGGAAACAUGCUGGAAGGUUCUAUCCCAACAAAUCUCUUCAACUCCAGCAUGCACCUCAAGCAUAUACUUUUUGAUAUAAACAGAUUUACUGGCCCCAUUCCAACAUCCAUUGGUGUAAUUCCAUACCUUGAAGUACUUCGUCUAAAUAACAACGGUUUCACGGGUAAAGUUCCUGCUUUCAACAACCUGACUAAGCUCCACGUUCUAAUGCUCUCAAAUAACAAGCUAAGUGGACCAAUUCCUAACUUGACGGGGAUGGGCUCUCUGGAAAAUGUGGACAUCAGCAACAACAGCUUUGAUCCUUCUAACGUUCCAAGCUGGUUCUCAGAUUUGAAGAGCAUAAUGACCCUUACAAUGCAGUCAGUCGGGCUUUCUGGGCAACUGCCACAGAAGCUUUUCAGUUUUCCUCAAUUGCGACAUCUAGUACUAAAUAAUAAUGAACUGAAUGGCACGCUUGACAUGGGCAACAAUAUAAGAACACAUCUGGAUGUUUUUGAUAUUCGAAACAACAAAAUCUCCUCAGUUACAGUGUACAACAGCUUCAAUGUUGAAAACCUCAAGCUUGAAGGAAACCCACUCUGCAAUGAUUCUCUUCUGUCAGACACAACGCCAUGCACGGGCCUGCAAACUGAAGCCCCACCUCAGCCUGUUCCCUUUGAUGUCCAGUGUGCAAAUCCUUUUAUUGAAACUAUCAUCUUCAGAGCUCCUUCCUUCGCCAAUGUAAUCGAGUACCUUCCUCAGCUGGAGAAGAACUUAUCUGGUCAACUGAGUAGCUGUACCCCGAACCGGCUAGGCUUAAGACCUUACUUCAAUGAAGGUGGGUACCUUAAGGUGGCAAUCAAGGCAUGCCCAGUAAACCAGAAGAAAUUCAACUACUCGCAAGUGUUAAACUGCUUCAACCUGACCCUUCAGACUUACAAGCCACCGGAGAAGUUUGGACCUUACUAUGUGAAAGCGGAUCCUUACCCGUUCCAUGACAAAACCUCUCGAGCAGUGUUGAUUGGCAUUGUGACCGGAUCUGUUCUCCUGAUCGUGGGGCUAACUCUGGUUGGAUUUUACGCUGUGCAACAAAAGAAGCAGGCGCAGAGGCUUGUGUCCGUCAAUAAUCCAUUUGCAUCAUGGGGAUCAAUGGGAGAAGAUAUUGGUGAAGCACCAAAACUGAAAAGUGCUAGAUUCUUCACAUUGGAAGAACUCAAAUUGUGCACCAAUUAUUUCCGAGAAAUCAAUGUGAUUGGGGCAGGAGGCUAUGGAAGGGUGUAUCGAGGAAAACUUCCGGAUGGGCAGUUAGUAGCAAUCAAGAGAUCCAAGGAAGGGUCCAUGCAGGGUGGCCUUGAGUUCAAGACAGAAAUAGAACUCCUUUCCAGGGUUCAUCACAAGAACUUGGUUGGACUAGUUGGUUUCUGCUUCGAGAAGGGCGAAAAGAUGCUUGUUUACGAGUUCAUACCCAAUGGAACGUUAAGUGAGGCUCUAUAUGGUAUGAAAGGAAUACAAUUGGACUGGAGCAGGAGGCUCAAGAUAGCUCUGGAUUCAGCUAGAGGGCUAGCUUACCUCCAUGACCACGCCAAUCCUCCAAUCAUUCACAGGGAUGUGAAGUCCACCAACAUCCUCCUUGAUGAGAAGAUGACCGCAAAGGUUGCGGAUUUUGGCCUGUCAUUGCUGGUAUCCGACAGCGAGGAAGGCCAUCUGUGCACCAAUGUGAAGGGAACACUGGGCUACCUAGACCCUGAGUACUACAUGACGCAGCAGCUCACGGCGAAGAGCGAUGUCUACAGCUUCGGUGUGGUGCUGCUAGAGCUCAUAGUGGCCAAGCCACCGAUACACGACAACAAGUACAUCGUCCGCGAGGUGAAGAUGGCGCUAGACAUGGAGGACCGCAAGCACUGCGGGCUCAAGGAUGUGAUGGACCCAGUCCUUGAGAAAAUGGGGAGCCUCCUCGGCUUCCCACGGUUCCUAAAACUGGCUCUGCAAUGCGUCGAAGAGGUGGGAACCGGCCGGCCCUCGAUGAACGCCAUUGUGAGGGAGAUUGAAGGGAUAAUGGAGGACAACGGGCUCACACCGGACUCCAUGUCGGCGAGCUCUUCCUUCAGCAUCGAGUCGAGAACGAUGAAGGUCGGGCCUAAGCUCCCGUACUCCAGCGCAUCGACUUCGUCCUCGACGUUUGAUAUGAACAGCAGGGCUUUUGAGUACAGUGGGGUGUUCCCUUCUUCUGAUGGCAGCUUGAAGUCAUGAAUCCCUGUAGAUGGAAGGAAAGCUUGGUAAGGGGCAGCAGUUUAUCCCUAGUGUACAUUAUUCAUAGGUUUCAGUAGGACUGUACAGAAUCCAUAAACUUAUGACGAUUCUUUUCGCCGUCGAGAGAAAAAGGGGACCUAUCGUUUUUUUUUUUUUUGGAACAGAGACGUCUAUAACAUGUAACUUCAAUCUCCCCGUCAAUGAUAAAUCAUAGCAGUUUUUUCCUUUACAA